AGUGUGAGAAUCUCGUCAUGAGCUAUAGAGAUGCUCUGAUAAAGCAGUUCUCUCCGUACACUUCCGUCAUCUCAACCUCUGGUGCAGAGGUCGUCUCUCCUGGCUACCCUGACAAAGCCCCAUCGACCAAAACGCAGUACACGCAGGUUUUCCGUGCUGAGAAGUGCCAGCGAGCGGUGCUGAAGUUCGACGACUUUGGAAUCGAGCCGCGGAGUGACAGUAGUAAUCGCUGCGGCUUCAGCUUCCUCGAGAUCCGCUCCGACGUCUCCGUGCCGGAGGGGAAAAUAUUUUGUGGCGAAGAAAUUGAGAAAGGAACAGCCUUCAAAAGUGACAAGUCGGAGCUCAUCCUUCAUUACAUGAACAAUGACUACAGUAAAUAUGGCUUGGAAAACAAAUACAGAGGCUACAAGGCUACUUUCACCACCGAGGCCAUACCCAACUGCAGCUGAUGGGGUUUCAUCCACCGGCUGGAAUGUCGAACUGGAGACCACAAGGAAAAUUAAAUGAAUAGAGUACGAAGUGUUUUUGUAGCGUGUGAAAAAUUACU